GUCUAGGGAGGUGCUGCUGCUGCUGCUGCCGCCACUGGCCAGGCGCGCGGGAACGUUUGGGGGCUCCACCGGGGACCGGCCCCCCCUCCCGCUACCGUCCUCUGGUUCGUAGGACGCGCGGGUCCCGUUAUCAUGUCGCUGAGGCAGAGCCUGGCGCUGCUGGCUGGUCGUCUGCAGGAGCCGCAGAAAGUGGCCCGUUUCCAGCGGCUGUGCGGGGUGGAAGCGCCGCUGAGCCGCUCCGCCGUGGCCUCCGCCGACCUGAAGGAGGAUGAGGAGGAGGAAGCGCCGCUCUCCAGAGACUGUCGGCGUCGAGAACCGCAGCCAGAGGCGUGCGGAGGUCCCCGGACCCCCGGAAGCGACCGCAAUCAGUGUCCCGCCAAGCCGGGCGGCGGCGGCGGCGGCGGCGCCCUCAACGGCGUGCGGAACGGGCUGGCGUCCGAGCCGGGCCCGGCCUCGCCGCGGCGGGCGGGCGCCCUGCGCCGAAACUCGCUGACGAACGAGGAGGGCGAGCUGGCCCACGUGAGCAACUGGCCGCUCUACUACCUGUUCUGCUUCGGCACGGAGCUGGGCAACGAACUCUUUUACAUUCUGUUCUUCCCCUUCUGGAUUUGGAAUCUGGACGCCCUGGUCGGCCGGAGGCUCGUGAUCAUCUGGGUGCUGGUCAUGUACCUGGGCCAGUGCACCAAGGACAUCAUCCGCUGGCCGCGGCCCGCCUCGCCGCCCGUGAUCAAGUUGGAGGUCUUCUACAACUCCGAGUACAGCAUGCCCUCUACCCAUGCCAUGUCCGGCACCGCCAUCCCCAUUUCCAUGGUCCUCCUCACCUACGGCCGCUGGCAGUAUCCUCUUAUAUAUGGACUGAUUCUUAUUCCAUGCUGGUGUUCCCUAGUUUGCCUAAGUAGAAUUUACAUGGGAAUGCACUCCAUUCUGGACAUUAUUGCUGGAUUCCUAUAUACCAUUGUAAUCUUAGCUAUCUUCUUUCCAUUUGUGGACCUGAUUGACAACUUCAACCAAACUCACAAAUAUGCUCCAUUAAUCAUCAUUGGGCUUCAUUUAGCCUUGGGGAUCUUUUCUUUUACUCUUGAUACCUGGAGUACAUCCCGAGGAGACACAGCUGAGAUUUUAGGAAGUGGUGCUGGAAUUGCCUGUGGAUCUCAUGUUACCUAUAACAUGGGUCUGCUAUUAGAGCCUCCUCUGGAUACAUUACCUUUAGUUAGGCCCCCCAUUACUGUAACUCUGUUUGGAAAAGCCAUAUUGCGGAUCUUCAUAGGGAUGGCAUUUGUACUAGUAAUCAGAGAUAUAAUGAAAAAGAUCACAAUUCCUUUAGCCUGUAAAAUCUUCAAUAAACCAUGUGAUGAUAUUCGAAAAGCAAGACAGCACAUGGAGGUUGAACUCCCCUAUCGGUAUAUCACCUAUGGAAUGGUUGGUUUCUCUAUCUCAUUUUUGAUUCCUUACAUAUUUUUCUUUAUUGGUAUCUCUUGAUGGAAAAAUAUUGUUUAUGAUAAGAAAGGAGGGUAUCAGUUUUUGAUAUCUAAAAUGUAUUCUAGUUAAAAGCCAAAUCAGAGUUAGGCUUUUGCAGGAAUUUAACUUAAAUAAUUAUUUAAGUAAAUUUCUAAGAGUUGGUGCAUUUUAUCAUUGCACAUCAAGAUAUUGUUUUAGGUGAGCUGAGCUAUUUCAACACUGAGAAAAAGUAUCCAUUUAGAAUGUUCAUGUAAUACUUGGAGAGUUUUGUGCUGUUAUGGAUUCAUUAUAUAUAAUAUGUAUUAAGGUAUAUAAUAUGCAAUUAUGUAUCUAAUAUAUGUUAUAUAUAAAAUAAUAUACCUAAGUUUUUUAAACUGUGGGGGUGUAUUAUAAAAUCAAUCAUAAUAUGCAAAGAGUUGUGCCUGUGUAUUUGGACUUAAUACAGGUAUAUUUCUAUUAACAGAUAUAUUUAAUGUUUAUUUAUUAUGGUAGCCAUUUCCUAAUUAAAUUGCAGAAUUACUAGACCAGAAUUCAUAUGCUACCAUAUAUUGAUUUACUGCCUCUUUUUACACUGCCAUCACCUUUCAUGUUAACCCAUGAUGUUGAACAUGGGAGGCAUUUUUAAUGGACCAAAUUUUCAGAAAAAUUAGUUUUUGGAUUCCUUUUUUUUUUCCAGUUCUGUAUACUGUGUUGAAUGUACUUUAUUUGCAGUUGUUCUGGACAUCAGUUUAAUAAUUCAGGUACUGAAUUUUAUUGCUUGCUAAUUGUGCCUUUCUGUUGCUGUAUUGAGAAAUGCCAUGUAUACUGUGAUAUAAAAAUAAGAUGCUAACUUAAUCUUAAAGUUACAUAUAAUCAGGCAAAUAUUUUAAAAAUAUAUGUCCAGCUAACAGGACUAAAGUAAAACACACUCAAUUCUUUAGCCUUUGUUUAGAAAGAAAUGUGGAAUGGGCUAAACUCACUAAUUUAUGGAGAAACUAAAUGGAUAAAUAUUUACUUUUUUCUAGGUAUUUUUCUGUGCAUUGUUAAAUUAUAGGAUCAAGAUAUAUUUUUUUUUACAUUGUCUUGAUUGUUUAUUUAUAGUGCAGGUAGGUGUUCCAGUGAACGGAAAUGUAAUUGAAAUGUUAAAUGGGACAGUGCACAUGCUUCAUGUGUAAACAAACCAUUUUCCUACAUUAUUUGGAAAGGAUUGGAUUUAGCAGUUACUUUUUAAUACCCACUUAUUAGCUACUUAUCGUAAAUUAUAAAAUCUAAAAGUAUCAGUAUUUAGAUCCUAUUAUUUUUUCAACUUUUAUUUUCACAGUGGAAAAUUUGGGUGUAGUAGUAAACUAUUCUUUAUUCUGUCUGUGCCUUUAUAUUUCUAAGUAUAAUAAUAAUUAGGUUAACAUUAAGUUUAUUUGUAGUGUUUCAUAAAGAGGAGAAUUAACUUUCCAUAUAAAUGAGCAUCAGGUAUGGAAUUACUUUAGUGCAAUAUCUGUCUGAUUAUCCAGAAGUAUCACUUAAGAUGUUUCUAUUUUGGGCAGCAUAACUAUUUGAGCUCAUAUUUUUAUAAUUUUGAUUGAAAAUUUAGAGAUAUGGUAAUUUUUACCAAUACUGAAUCUGAUAAUUUUAAAUAAAGCAACUAAAUUUGGGACCUUUACCUAAUAGUCUAAAGGAAACUAAGGCACCUGGGAACACAUCGGUACAUUGGAAAAUGCGCAAAGAACUUUUCUUUCAAAAUGUGUUUAAUCAAAUUUUAGGGACAUCCUGUAAUUUGGGUCUAUGCUAUCUUACUAAUUUUUAUAUCUAGCUUUAAAGAUAUUUGGAAAAACUCCUUUUUUUUGGGUUUUAUUAUUUUCUGUUCAAUGAUAGUUUCAUGCUAAAUGUAUUUAAAAAUAAAAGCCAAAUGCAGGAUUGGAAGGUGUUUUGUUUUGUUUGCCUUCUAUGCAUUUGUCUCUGUGUUAUCUGGUAGAGAUUUAUAAAGUGUCCAGGAUCUUCAUUUUAGCAGGUAUUCCUUCUGGAGCAUUGUAUUCAAAAUCAAGAGUACUGUUUUCAGUACUAGAAGACAUUGAAAAAAAGGUUCAAACUGGCUUUGGACUCCAUUUAUGAUCAUUCUGACAUUGUACUUUUAGUGAAAAGUUUCAUAAUUUCUUUAAAACCAUAUAUAUAAAACAUGUUUCAGUAAAAUCUGUCAGUAACUAUUGUAGGCAGUUGACUGCUAAUCCAUUAAUUCGGGAAUUAAUCAUAAUUCUAGGAACAGUUACUUUUUCAAGUAAAAUAAACAUGGAUAUUUUAUUUUGGAUUUUAAAAUGCAUAAUAUGUGAAUUGAAAAACUAGGUCUUCCAGAAUCUCAUCAUAAGACUGAAUAUAAAGCAGUGCUACUACAGACUUACAUAAUUAUUUUAUUUACUAGCUUUAUAAGUAAAUUUUAAAAAUGUGUCUUUCAGAGACAACAUAAAAAUUAAUUCAGUGGUAUGAAUACAAUUUAAAGGCAAAUUUUCAUAAAACAUUUGAUAAAGAUGAGUAUGUAAAUACUAGCAUGUGUUUAUUUUGAAUAUAUAAUCACAAUUUUAUACAGCAAAGUUUAUUGCCAAAGCAAUUUCAUUUUUUGUUAACUAACAAUGUUUACUCUAGAUUUAAAAACCUAACUGUUUAAUCUGGACAUCAAAAAGGGCCAACUUAAAAAAUUCAGUUUCGCAGUUGAAUUUGUUUUUCUGAAGAGAGCUGUUGUUCGCUAAGGAGAUUUUUAAGGAAGAGAAAGAGUUAUUGAACAUAGUAUGAGAAAGAGUAAUUGAACAUAGUAUGUCGGAUAUUUUGUCAAAUUUUGGUCAUGUUCUUCUAGAGUAUAUGUACGUUAAAAAAACUUUCACACUUGAAUUUUAAUUAGUUAUAUGAGCUAUAAAUAGCACAAUAAAAAUAAGUUUUAACAUGCUAUUUGUCAUGGACAUUUUAGAAAGCUCUUAAUUUUUUUUUAAUAGUUUCAGGUGUACAAAACAAUGUAAUAGUUAGACAUUUACACCCCUCACAGAUGGGCACUUGUCUUAUUAGGGAGACCACUU